UGUUUACACAGAUUUGGCAGAGGUUAGAGGUGGCUGGGAAUUGCUUGUGCUCUAGCCUAGUAAAAUCGUUGCAUACAGUUGUGCGUUUUGGUCUCGUUUCACAAAUUGUGAUCGCCUGUAACGCCCUCUGCCAGUCCUUGGGAGUAGUGAAGCGGUCUGUGUGAACUGGGACUGGUUUAACUGCACCGCCGGGAGGGCUGGGGCUAAUGCGGGACUCCUCGUCUUGUGGUGUCUUAGCUCCCCGUCCAGUCUGAAAGAAUAAUGGUGAAAUAAUUCCGAAAACGCCGCGAAGGAAGGAAACCCGAGGAGAGAAACCGAGCGAGCAAGCCGGACUCCUUCCUGGCCUCUCCCCAUUUGCUUUCUGGACCCGAGUCACGUUUUUAAAAAAAGACUGAAGCCAAAGAUGCCUGUAUCGUUACAGAAGGAAGGGCUGUAGCAACUAAACGAGAUACUUCUUUCCGACACUUCGGACGCGGAACUCCUGAGGCAAAAGGUGAAAGAUGACGGAGUACAAGCUCGUGGUGGUGGGAGCUGGUGGCGUUGGGAAGAGCGCCUUGACUAUCCAGCUGAUCCAGAACCAUUUCGUGGAUGAAUACGACCCUACAAUCGAGGAUUCAUACAGAAAACAAGUAGUAAUCGAUGGGGAGACGUGUCUGUUGGACAUUCUCGACACUGCGGGUCAAGAGGAGUACAGUGCAAUGAGGGACCAGUAUAUGAGAACAGGGGAGGGCUUUCUCUGUGUCUUUGCCAUUAAUAAUACUAAAUCCUUUGAAGAUAUUCACCACUAUAGAGAACAGAUAAAGAGAGUGAAAGACUCGGAAGAUGUCCCAAUGGUCUUGGUAGGAAACAAAUGUGAUCUUCCUUCCCGGACAGUAGACUCCAAGCAAGCUCAGGAUUUAGCCAGAAGUUAUGGAAUUCCCUUCAUAGAGACGUCGGCAAAGACGAGACAGAGAGUGGAGGAUGCCUUUUAUACCCUGGUACGGGAGAUCAGGCAGUUCCGGCUGAAAAAACUCAGCAAAGAAGAAAAGACCCCUCGCUGUGUGAGGCUUAAAAAAUGUGUUGUGAUGGGUGUGGAUGACGCCUUUUACACAUUAGUCCGAGAAAUCCGAAAGCACAAAGAGAAGAUGAGUAAAGAUGGGAAAAAGAAGAAAAAGAAAUCAAAGACAAAGUGUAUAAUUAUGUGAAUAGGUGUUCCCCUUUUACAGAAGACACAAUUCUUAAUGUCCUUAACUGAAAGUAAUGCAUUUUGUACAUUACACUAAAUUAUUAGCCUCAGUUUUAUUUAGCAUCAACUUAAGUUGUGGAAAUGAACCCCAGUACAGUAGCUAUCAAUGGUUUGCUUGUAUGGAAAUAAAGUCAGCAUAAGCUUUACUUUCUAUUAAGUGCCAGUAUUCCUGAAGUGUGUUGCUCCUUUGGUUUGCUGUGGCUGCCAGUCUGAACAAGCCCUUGUCUGCAGGUGCACGUACUUUUCCUGAACUGCUGUAUUCAUCCACAUCAUUUAUUUUAAAUGAUUGGAAUUUUGUUAACACUUCUUGUGAUAAGUGUGUGGUACAGCUCUCUGUGUCUCUUUGCCUUGCAUUUAGCUCAUGGUUUAUGAGCCCUUCAAAUUUCUCCAGCUUGAAAAACCUGUGUUCUCUUAAGGUACUUGAACACAUACAGCAGCUUACAAAGGCUUUGCCUAUUUCUCAUUUACAAGUGUAGAUGUUUUAUUUUGUUUUCAAAAUGUAAUAGUUUAUAAACUUUUUAAAGAAAUGUUUGGAUUUUCUGCAAAAUCAAAGACUAAAAUUAAACAUUUUUCACAACACUGGUUAUUAAUGUUAUAAAUACCAAUAGUGAGGAAUUUAAACUCCUAAAUGAACCUAGUUAGCAUUUUUUUUUAAAUUGUUACAAUAGUAAGUACUGUUAAUGUAUAAUAGACUAUGCAAUCAUUUGAGCAAGUGACUUGUAGCAGGAUCUUUUAUUUUAUGGACAUUUUACAAACCAGUUCUCUGAUAGAUGCCAAAGACGAUAGUGACAAUGCCAGUAAUAAACACUUUGAAACUGGUAGGGCGUUGUUAAAGACGAGAGAAGGAAAGGUAGCACGUACAGUUCUGUGCAGCUCUCAAAUCUAAAGGGUCAGCAUCCUUAGGUAAAUCAUCCCAGUUCAUCUGAACUGCUAGAUGUUCUACGUCCCUAGUUAAUGGAAUAACAAUCUGAUGCAUUUCGCAGGAAUGCGUGUUGCAAAAUGAAUUGCUUAAAACCAGAUACGAAGAGUACCGGACGUCUUCUGUUUUCACCUAAGUUUGUACUUAAGUUGACUUUAGUUCGUACUUAAGUACAGUACUGGUAAUCCCAUAUAGCCUUUUCUUUUACGAAAUGUAAAAUAGAAUUCCCAUUUAUUCUGGGUUAUAUUAAGGAUUUAACUCAUACAGUUGUAUAUUCUGGCAAUACUCAUAAAAAGAAAUGACCCCUUUCCCAUUGUGAUCACGAUCUUUCUUUAGAAUACAUGUGGAAGAAUGUAGGUACAUGGGGAGCCCCUUUUAAUCCCUUACUACAAGCACAGCCUACUUUCGGAGGGACUUCAGACUGUUCUUUGAUUUCAUUUCUAGGCACAAGCAGACUAAAAUGAACCUUGAGUUGUUUUCUAAAUGCAGGGCUCUUGAACGGGGCACCAUUGAGCCUCGUUUUUUCAGGCUUUACUGAACUACCACAGCAUUUUAGGCUAAUUUUCUCAGUCUUAAAAUAUUUUUUUUCUGUACAAUAUUAGAAAUUAGCCCAAGGAAAUCACAGGCUGGAAAACAUGGAAGCUAUUUUUAUAUCCAUCAUGCUUUCUCCUUUUUUGUUGAUGUAGAAAAUCGGUGUUGCUGGUGUGCUUGCAGUCUGUUGCGCAGAAUGCAUUUUGUCAGAUCAUCUUGGUUCCAUUUUUUUUAGGCACGCAUUUGGCAUUUGGUUUUUCUACAAUCCUUAGCAUAGCUGCUUAUGGUCUUCAAGUUGUUGCUGGGAGUGGCCUUAGAUGGCAGAGAAGCAAAGGUAUCCAUAAAAAGUUUUACUUUAAAGUGGGACACUAUUUUAAACUGUGACGGUUGCUCUGCGCAUCCUUGAGAUGCUGAUGGUGGGGUACACAAAAUAUGACGGAGAAUGAGUCUACAACUGUCCAGGGUAUAGGAAAGUAAGCCGUUUCAUGAUGAGGGUGGUGGAUCUUGACAAUAUUUCUUUCAGACACUCAAAGAUUUUUAAUUAAAGUAUACCACAAUAAAAAAAAAAAGAAUCCUGUACUUGUACGGUUCACACUAGGGGCUUCACACCAUACUCGGAUUUUAAAAUGUAGCUCGGUUUCUCAUAUCAAUAAGCUUCGAGUAAGCAGAAGAGCAGAAAUGAGACUUGGGUUGUUGCGUUUCUCUUGCUCUUCAGUAGAGUCAUAAGGAACAUCUACACAGCUCACUGAGCUGAGCAGUUACGUCCUCCGAGUUGAGCACAGCUUGAAGAAAUUACAGAUUGUUCCAGAGUACCUCAGGCUGAUGUUUACUGAACCCUGGAGCCCAUCUUAAAUGCAUACCAAAUUUUACAAUGCCGUUCAAGUUUUUUUUUCUCAAGUAGGAUUAGUAAUAUUUAGCCAUGUACUAUAAUGAAUUAGUCUCUCCUCUUUUAGGUGGUAUGAAGAUAUUGUACUUUGUUUUAGAAAGAAAUACAUUUUAAAAACGACUAAGUAUAAAAUGAAACUAUAAACUGGAACCCAUGUUCUUGUUAAAUGAUACAAACAAUCUAUAAAAUAGGAUGAAGUUUUAACAAUUUUUAAAAAACUUUUCCUUUAAUCCUUUUUUUCUUGGAGUGCCAACCUCUCAACUAGAUUUCUUAAAUGUAUCAUGUUUACCUGGAAUGUAUUUUAACAACCUUUGUAUAGUUGUAAUACUGAAAGGUGCAUAUUUUGUAAAUUGUGCUUUUUGUUUAUAUGAAUGAUGUUUAAUCCAGUUUCAAUCAUUAUCUUUGUUCAGGUCUGGAAUGUUGGUCAUACCAGAUCAAAUGAACCGAAUGACCACUGUUUAAUAAGUACUUUGUAAUGUUUUAUAGGAGUAUGUGCUGUGUGGUGAUCUCAAAUUAGUCACUAUUUUUGUCAUGAAUUUCACCACUCCUAUUUAAUGUACAAUAAAAAGUGGAAUGGAGACAA